GUCGCCGUCAACUCGUCACCCAAGACGAUGCUCCCACUUCAGCCGCAUCCUCUGCAUCCUCUUCGACCUCCUCCCUCUCAGCCCCGGCGGCUUCUUCCGUUACGACCGUCAUGACCUCAUCCUCAUCUACCGUCACCUCCGCUUCUACGCUCCCCUCCUCUUCCUCAACUACCAUUUCCUCUACCGACAUUUCUUCCUCUACCACCACCUCCUCCGCACCUACCUCCUCGUCUACUGCAUCAUCUAGCGGCUCAGACAAGUAUGUCGUGGCGCACCAUAUGGUUGGCAAUACCUACCCCUACACCGUAGAUACCUGGGCUGCCGAUAUUGCACUCGCCUAUGCCAAUGGUAUUGACGGCUUUGCUCUUAAUAUCGGUAGUGACGACUGGCAACCUGCUCGUGUGGCGGAUGCGUACACUGCCGCUUCUCAAUCUGGAACUCUAUUCAAGCUCUUCCUCUCUUUCGACAUGAGCGCACUCCCUUGCACGACCGCUGACCACGCCGCCACACUCCGCACAUACAUCACCACCUACGCCUCUCACCCAAACCAGCUCAUCUACCGCAAUCGCGUCUUCGCCUCCACCUUCUCCGGCGAAUCAUGCACCUUCGGCCAAGGCUCCGUCGUCGACGGCUGGUCUUCGCAGUUCACAUCCCAUCCUGAUUUAACAGGUCAGAAUGCUGUGUUUUUCGUGCCGAGUUUCUUUGUCGACCCUGCGACGUUUGGGACGUAUGAUAAUGUGAUGGACGGUGCACUGAACUGGAACUCUGCCUGGCCUAUCUCAGUCACCACCUCCACAGCCAGCUCCGUCCUCUCCUCAAUCGGUGCCUCCCUCUCCGCACUCUCCUCCCUCGUCACCGGCGACGGCACCGCCCGCGUCUCAUCCGCAAUUCAGGACGCCCUCGCCUCUCUUCUCAACGAGACCUCUACCUCCGAUAGCCAGUAUAUCAGUGGAUUGAAUAGUAUGUCUGCGCCGAGCGAUGGAGGGGAUAGGAUCUACGUCGCCACUGCGUCGCCUUGGUUCUACACGCAUUAUAGUCCGGAGACAUUCAAUAAGAACUUCGUCUACUACACAGACUCGCACCUCUACCCCACCCGCUGGGAAUCCCUCGUCGCCUCGAGAGACCAGGUCGAUAUCGUCGAGAUCGUGACUUGGAACGAUUACGGCGAGAGUCAUUAUAUUGGGCCUAUCGAGGGCGAUCAACCGAAUAGUCAGGCUUGGGUCGACGGGUUCGAUCAUACUGGUUGGCUCGAUAUGACGAGGUAUUAUGCGGAGGCGUUUAAGACGGGGACAUACCCCACCAUCACGGAAGACAAGAUCUACAUGUGGUCCCGCCCGCAUCCUAAAGACGCCUCAGCAUCGAACGACUCCGUCGACAAGCCUGCAAAUUUCGACAUGUCCGCCGACACCCUCUGGGCCGUCAUAAUGGCCACCUCCGCCAGCACCGUCACCCUCUCCACCUCCAGCACCAACUCCCAGACAUUCUCUGUCCCCUCUGGUGUCUCUAAACUCUCUAUCCCUAUCAGUGCUGGGGAUACGAUGCACGGGACGAUCGAGAGGGAUGGUGUUAGUGUGGUGGACUUGCAGCCGGAGGGGUUUAUGUUCCAGGGGAGUCCGGAGACGUAUAAUUAUAAUGCGUUUGUGGCGUUUAAGGGUGCGGGGACGGGUGGGAGCUGAGGAAAAGGAGAAGGAGAGCGGGGUUUUUUUUUGAUGUUUUGAUUUUGUGGUUUGUGGGUCGUUUUUUUGUUCUUUUGAAUUGGUGCUACUUUUUGCUACUUGACGAAUGGGCUCGACGUCCCUUCGUCACUUAGGAUCCUGCCCUGUUGCGCGUGGACGCGCACUUUAUUCCUCCCUCCCUCACUUAUAAGUAAUUUAUCUCAUCCUUAUUCUUCAUAUUUCAACCCUGUUAUGUCUUCACGUACAUACCCUUUUCAUUUCUUUCUCGUUUCAGUUCGUGUAGGCCUGGCUGCUGAGUUGCCGGGUCCAGAUUGCCACAGUGCACUCCAUAUAAUUCUGCAUGAGUAGUAGUACCCCAAACCCACUGUUAAACCAUGAUUGUUGUACCGAGUAUGGACUGGUCGCGUGUACGCUAUGUACGACGUAUCAAUGCUGUAUCGUUAGUGAAU